UUUCCGUUUUCUCUUCGCGCAUGGCAAACAGCUGAUUUGCUACAAGUAAAACAUCUGUCUUUUUUGUGACAUUUGCGGCAAUCGAAGCACGAUGAUUCAAUUGAUUUUCGGUUUCGUGAUUUGUGUUUUCGUGACUGCGAGCUUCGUAGACACGUAUCCACACAGAUAUAACGAUUAUAAUGACGUACUUGAGGAACAAGAUGAGAAUGUUGUGCAACGGCUAAUGCAUUUAUUGCAUUAUGGUUACAAGUACAACAAGGAGAAUCGUAGAAAUAUUGACAAUGAUCUUGAAAAUUGGACCGGACGUUGGAUGCCUGAUAGACCUGACGAUACAACACCACCGCCUAAAAUAUUGCCAAAGGACAAACGAUUAUAUGAAUAUGAAUCUAUCACAGAAUUUCCUAACGAUAUAUAUAUGGGCCAUGUAUCACCAGAAUGUGACGAUGCUAAGACUAAUUUAACUAUCGAUUGGGAUCAUACCCCAGCAGAAUAUACGUGUUAUGGUCAUAAAAUCACACCAAGCAUGAUUCCUCCGAAGAUCUAUUGUGAGAACAUUCCAAAGACAUAUAAGGCUGCUCACAAAUGUAUGAAUCAAAAAAUCGAAUAUGAUGACGAUAUCCCUAUUUACGGUCCACAUAGACCUUUGUGGCCGGUUUAUGGAGAAUACAAAUUUUUGCCAAAACAGAGAUGGUUGCAUAAUCUUGAGCAUGGAGCGAUCGUAAUGUUAUAUCAUCCAUGCGCGAAUCCGCUGGAAGUAGAACGUUUGAAAAAUCUGGUUAAUAAAUGUCUGUGGCGACAUGUUAUCACACCAUACAGUUAUCUGAACGAGGAACAUCCUUUAGCGCUUCUAUCCUGGGGCUGUAGAUUGACUAUGUCUUAUGUAGAUCCUACACUGGUAAAUCAUUUUAUACGGAAAAAGGCUCUUCGUGCUCCAGAAUGGCGGAUCGCGGAAGAUGGUCAAUUCGAGGACGGAUUGCUCAGUCAAUCGAACAUAGUGUCGGAUGCAACAGAUUCCGUGCUUUGUCCUAAUAUAUAAUAAGCAAAUGUAUUAUAUAUGUGACACAAUGAUAUCUCUUGCAUUUCCAAACUCGCGAUUAAUAUGUAAUUUCUGUUUAUAUUUUGUACAUAUUAUUUUAUUGAAUACUCAAGUAGUCAUCGCCUGUUUUCCAUUAUAUAUGAUAUUUAGUUAGAUGUGUGAAAACUAUUUAUUUGCAAUAUUUUAAUUAUUUAGAGUAAGUGAACUUUCCUACAUAAUAUAUACACAGUAUAUGAUUAUAUCUUAUAAGAAAUAUAUCGAAUAAUAACAAUAAACUCACAUAUAUAAAUACAGAUCAA